AUGCCUGACCAGCAGCCCCUCAGCCCACUCGUCCCCAGAAGCAUUCCCCAAACUACCAUACCCAACAUAGUUCCCCACCACCAUCACCAUCACUCUUCCACUCGCCAAACAGGAAGCAACAGCUCAUCUCCUCGCACCAUGCACAUUCGCCUACCUCCACUCAUGCUUCCCGGCGCGUCUCCGCGUCUCUCAACCCUCGAACCCUUCACCACUACGACAAGCCCUUCCACCUCCUUUCCAUCUCCCUCCUCUUCUGCAACUUCAGACCCUCUGGCAGACAUUCUCAGGUCCACACCCGAUCAACACGCCCUCAACGAAGAACAAACCUUGAAGCUCUGGCACAAAAUCCUAGUCAAGAUCUACCCACCAAAUGGGGGAUUCACCCACGACCUCCGCACCGCUGAGAUCAACGGUGCACGUAUCAUUUGCUGUCUUGUUAAACAGAUCACCUGGCCUAGACCUGGGAGUGAGCCUGUUUCUUCUCCAAUGGCCGUCAUCUUGUGCAAGGGGGCUGAUGAGUACCAUCGCAAGGAUACAUGGGAUCGGACUUCAAAUCAAUUAUCGCAGCUGAGUAACAUUCCAGGACAGCCUUGGACGGGGAGUUGGAUGUUUGAUGUGGGGUUUCGGAAUGGGAGAGUUUUGUUGAAGCAGCUUUUGGAUGAUGUCAAGUUUGGGAAGUGGAAGGCUAUGAAUAAUGGGAGGGGGCCCAAAUCUUCGUGGGCUAUAGUUGGGGGUUGGGGUACGCCUUCGGCAAACGAGGCACCUCCGAAGUGGAUUUCGCAGAAGGAAACCAGAUAUCAUCAAGCUAGGAACUACGGGAUUAAAGGUCAGCUACAUCAGGUUCCACGAAGGUAUAGUAGAGCCAUAGAUAGCCUUUCUGGAAACAGGUGCGAGCGGGCUCUCAUAAAAACUUAUCAGAAAGGAGUGCGCAAAGAAGUAUAUAAUACCAGAAAAGAGGAAAUCUUACAGCCCAAUGGCUCUACUGACUAA